GACUCAGUUGAGAGAAUAAAGAGAGGAGACAGGCUCCAUCCCAUCAUAAGAGGCGGUGCGCGGGCUCUGAAUGCAUGAUGACAGGAAGACAGAGCUCUGAAACAGACCAUGGGUUUUUACAUGCUUUGGUAGAGGUCGAGAGGUGUUUGUAGUAGUGUCAGUCCCGGGAGAAGAAGCGGUGGUUAACAUGAAGAGCUCAGCGGAGGAGGCAUCUCUGAAGCGUGCGGUGAGAACACACAUUAUUAUCUAACUCGUUUUUCCUGAUGGGAUUUCAGCUCAUGACAUGUGACUCCAUCUCCAUCCUCACUAAGAGAAUGGUUUGCUUCAUUAUUAACAAACUAAUGUGUUUUAAAUCCCUGAAACUUGAGAUAACUAAAGCUGGUUAUCUUGACCAGGUUAUCAGCUUAGGCUUUAUGGACUAUUUUACAUUUGUGUGUCAAAUUAUUUUGUGCAGCUCUGCACUUCACACAUGAGAGUGUGCUCCAGGGGAGGAGUGUCAGUCAGGUGUUGUGAAUAAGAUUAUAUUUGUUUAUAAAAACCUUCCCCAUGGUGCAGGGUUUCAUCCUGAGCUCAGGUCUGUGUAGAGGUUUUGUGCAUGUUGUCUCCAUGUUCACCUUGGUUUCCUCCAGGCUCUGUGGUUUUCUCCCAUUUCCCAAAAACACACAUGUGGGUGGAACGGUUAUGAUAAAUUGCUCCGGAUCCAGUGGCCUUGACCAGGAUAAAAAAAAGAAUGACCAGUUCCUGGUGAGAGAAGAUUACCUACCUGCUUUGGGAAAUGACCUUGUAUUGUAAGCACUUGAGACCAUCCACCCUCUUCAUCUAUAUCCAAAUCUUUCCUUUACUAUAUUUAUGGUUCACAAGUGUGUAGAAGUUGUAUAUUUUCCUCCAAGACUUGAUCCUCCAUGGAUAUUUUAGCACUCCCUUAUGGUAAAAUGUUGGUUCUGGGGGCCAUCUCUGCUGCCUCAGCCUUCGUUGUCACCAUCCUCAUUGUGCUGGUGUGUGUGGGGUGUCACACGAAAAGCAAAAGUAAACACAGCCAUGCCAGUGUGGGGAGUCAAAAGAGGGACAUGAUGUGUGUGUUUCAGAGUGUUCUUCGUCAGUUCAAGCUGAGCUCCAUGAGUAAAUCAGACACACGCCUGCAUGAGAUGCACCGACUGCCCUGCAGUGCAAAUGGUGUCCUGAAGGAUAGGCCAGCCAGCAUGGACCUACUCUUGCUGCAAAGUCACCGUUCAACCUCUGACCCCCACCCUCCAACCUCUAGCUGCCAGCUGCCCAGCAUCCCCACUGGACCCAAGAGUGAGGAGCAUGACCAUCUCUACCUAGAGGACGAAGGACUAUAUGAAAAAGUUGGUGUGUUGAGAGCUCCUCCUCCACCUCCAUUCCUGAAUUUAGCACAAAGCCAAGCAAUAACUGAGAACAGACAAGGAACAGGAGGAGGAGGAGUGGAGAAUAGAGGGCUGAACGAAACAGAGCAAGCAGAAGUGACGGCCGAGUAUGCCUCUGUGAAGAAGGUGAGAAAGCUGGAUAGAGGAAGGAGGCAGGAGGGAUCAGAGGAGGAAAAUACAUCAGAGUCAUCCAACAGCACUGUUCACAGAAAAAGCUUGGAUCCUUUCCACAUACCCAACUUUCCCAAGGGGGCAGUGUCCAUGGGUAAUGGAGAGGAGUACAUAUGGAAGCCUCCAGAAGAGAAUAACAUUCACUUUUUGAGGGGUCCAUCGCUGGAGAAUGGCCACAGCAAUGCCAGCACCACAGAGAUCUCUGAGAUGUACUCGACCGUCUGUAAACCCUUGAAGAAGGAACAUCUGGGGUCAACGCAGCAGAUCAGUGGGCAAAUAGGCUCUGGAGAGAAGGGCUCUAAAGGACCUGCAUCAUGGCCAUCAGGGGAGCACUGCUACGAGGCAGUGGGAGAGAACACUUGGCCUAAGGGGCUUGAUUCUGACGAAGCCUAUGCCACCAUCAACCCCAUGCCAAAAAGAGAGAAGCCGUGCAGCAGCACAUUAAAGGCAAAAAAGAAGUCUUGUGGACCUCUGCAGGGGCUAGAGAGGGCCAUGACCUGCGAGAACUUUUAUGAGAGCAUUGGGGAUGUGAAACAGGGCACCAACACCACCAGCACCACUACCGUCUUCACUUUUAAUGACGGCAUGGAGAUGUACGUCACAGGGCUUUGAGAUCUUGACUGGGUACACGUGAAUUCAAAAGAAGCCCACAAAAUAGAUUAGCCUAGAAUGUCAGACGUCAUAAGUGCAUACACACUUUAUGGUGUAAAGCAGAUGAAAUCCAUAUACACCUGUCUGUUAUGUACCUGUAACAGACACGUAACAUUUUAACAUUGUAACACACACAUACAUAUAUACAUACAUACAUAUAUAAGGACAUAUACUAGUGCAUCUUAAAAAAUAGAAUAUCAUGAAAAAGUUCAUUUUUUUGUAAUUUAAUUCAAAAUGGUAAACGUUCAAAUAUUUUACAUUCAUUACAUGUAAAGUGAAAUAUUUCAAGCCUUUUUUGUUUAAAUUUUGAUUAUAGCUUAGAACUCAUCAAAAUCAGAAAUCCAGUAUCUCACAUUCUUAGAAUAUUUCCUAAGAUCAAUCAAAAAGGGAUUUACAAUGCAGAAAUGACCAACUUCUGAAAGUGUGUUCAUUUAUACACUCUAUACUUGGUUGGGGCUCCUUUACCAUGACCAUUGACUUUAAACUUGAUAAAACACAGUUGACCUGGAUAACUCCCAGUAAAACACAGCCUCAGUCCACUCCUUAUGAAGCUCUCCCGAGUUCUUGAAUCGACUUUUCUUGACAAUCCUCUCAAGGCUGUGGUCAUCCCUGUUGCUUGUGCACCUUUUCCAGCCAGCCUUUUCAGCAAUGACCUUCUGUGGCUUACCCUCCUUGUGGAGGGUGUCGAUGAUCAUCUUCUGGACAACUGUCAAGUCAUCAGUCUUCCCCAUGAUUGUGGUUGCGUGUACUGAACUAGACCGAGAGAUACAUGGUAUUUAUACUGUUUUACUCAAAUUCAAAAUGAAGUAGUCUAAUAAUUUGAGAUACUGGAUUUUUGAUUUUCAUGAAUUAUAGGCGAUCAUCAUCAAAAGUAAAAGAAAAAAAGGCUUGAAAUAUUUUA